UCAAACUCCAAACCUGUGCUCUAUUCACCAGUACUUUUAGGAGGGUUGCCGCGUAUUUGUGCUCUGCAUCACCUUCUUCCUCCUCCGCAGUCCUCCCGCAUUCUCCUCCUCUUAAAACCCUAACAACAAAAGCAGCGUCUUGUAGUUACAGUUGUAUCUAUAGUCGGCGCCGUCUUGCCAACCACCUCUCCUCCUCUGCUGCUGCUAUUCUCGGUAUUUAUCUACAAGUAUUGUGUAUCGAUUUUUUCUUCUGACAAUCACCUUUCAUCCCUCCAAACUCUGCAAGGGUAGUGUUUUGUUAAAAUGGAAGUGGAAGGUGACACAGAGAUGGAAAAUGGGAAUAGUGUUAGUGUGAUGUGCCAAUUGGCCGACCCAGAAGGCAAUCCUCUUGGAACUGCCAUGUUUCUUCCUCAAAACGCUGGUCCUAAAGAACUUCAACAAAUCGUCAAUACCCUUCUCAGCAAUGAAGAAAGGCUACCUUAUGCUUUCUAUAUAUCAGAUAAUGAGCUUGUCGUUGAACUGGGGAAUUAUUUACAGAAAAAUAAAGUUUCUGUGGAGAAGGUUGUUCAAAUAGUUUAUCAACCACAAGCAAUUUUCCGCAUCCGGCCUGUAAACCGCUGUUCUGCUACAAUAGCCGGUCAUACUGAAUCUGUGCUUUCGGUCGCAUUUAGUCCUGAUGGCCAACAGUUGGCCAGUGGAUCUGGGGACACUACUGUUAGACUGUGGGACAUAGCUACCCAAACACCAAUGUUCACUUGUACAGGACACAAGAAUUGGGUACUUUGCAUAGCAUGGUCCCCUGAUGGUAAGUAUCUAGCCAGUGGAAGCAAGGCAGGAGAGCUUCAGUGUUGGAAUCCUCAGACAGGAAAGCCAUCAGGCAGCCCACUUACGGGGCACAAAAAGUGGAUUACUGGUAUAUCUUGGGAACCAGUCCACCUUCAAGCUCCAUGUCGCCGGUUUGUAAGCGCUAGUAAAGAUGGUGAUGCACGCAUAUGGGAUGUUACACUUAGUAAGUGUGUAAUGUGUCUGAGUGGGCAUACACUGGCUGUAACAUGUGUUAAAUGGGGUGGAGAUGGUUUCAUCUAUACUGGCUCUCAGGAUUGUACAAUAAAAGUUUGGGAAACUAAACAAGGGAAGUUAAUUCGUGAGUUGAAGGGCCAUGGUCAUUGGGUCAAUUCUCUGGCACUCAGUACCGAGUAUGUCCUGCGGACUGGGGCUUUUGAUCACACAGGCAAGCAGUGUUCUACUCCAGAGGAAAUGAAGGAGGUUGCUUUGGCCAGAUACAACAAAAUGAGAGGCGAUGCCCCAGAGAGACUGGUUUCAGGUUCUGAUGAUUUCACCAUGUUUCUAUGGGAACCUUCUGUAAGCAAGCACCCUAAAGCUCGGAUGACUGGACAUCAACAGGCUGUGAAUCAUGUAUACUUUUCUCCCGAUGGGCAAUGGGUGGCAAGUGCCUCCUUUGAUAAAUCAGUUAAGUUAUGGAAUGGUGUUACGGGGAAAUUUGUUGCUGCCUUUCGGGGUCAUGUUGGGCCUGUUUAUCAGAUAAGUUGGUCUGCAGAUAGUAGGCUUCUGUUGAGUGGUAGCAAGGACUCCACACUAAAGAUAUGGGAUAUUAGGACGCUGAAGCUGAAACAAGACCUCCCAGGCCAUGCAGAUGAGGUUUUUGCCGUGGAUUGGAGUCCAGAUGGUGAGAAGGUGGCAUCUGGUGGCAGAGAUAGAGUUAUGAAAUUGUGGAUGGGCUAGACAUACUUAACCCUAGGACCUGCUGAGCUUGCUUCCCGGUUUGAAGGGCUAAUAUACUUAACACAUACGUAGUUUAUUAUUGCCAAACGGCUACAUUUUUGCAUCAAUGCCUAGCUUUUGGCAUUUGAUAUGCCAUCACUAAUGCAUACCACUAAGCUAAUAACGUCGUGCUACAGAAAAUGACGCAGCAGUCUCUCCCAGUCUCGUCAACUGACAUUCUAAAUGAUACGGACUAGUUUAGCAGUUUUAAGCAAACAUAAGUUCAAUUCAGAUAUUGUGAGCUGCUCAUCAAACAACUUGUGAAGGCGGAGGUCUACUUGUCUGACUUGGAUGCUAUUGUGGAACACAUUCUAUCUUUGUGCUUUUACUUUGAUUUUAUUUCGUGGUCACAUGUAAAAAGGGUGGGUAACUUUGUUGCUUAUCACCUUGCUUAUUUAGUGCCGUUUGGAGUUCAACAAAUAUGGAGUAAUCAUUGUCCUUGUAAUCUUACUAUGUAUGUAAUGAUGGCAAUUUUGUCUA